UCGCGGGACGCGGCUUAGGCGCUUGGGAAGGGCGGAGGCGGGUCGCUGGGCGUGGUGGCGAGCGGGCGGCAUGGAGACGGGCGGUCACGGCGGGAAAUCGGCGGCCGUCCCGGCCCCUCACUUGGAGCCGCCGCCGCAGCCUCGGAAGGAGAGGAGGCCCAGCAUGUUCGAGAAGGAGGCAUAUGCGCAAAUUUUGAGAGAAAGACUGAGAGAAUCAUUUCAUGAUGUUCAGUAUGUAGAGCCUCCAUUUGAUGAUUCAAUUGCUGAUUUAGGUAAAGAAUGGAAGAGUGCCCUGGCAAAAUUAAAGUUUGCUAAUUCAUAUAGAAUGGAGCCAUUGAAAAAAUUCCAAGCUCAUUCCGUGGAAACUAAAGUCCAGCAGAUAUUAAAGGAAAGUCUUAAAGAUGUCAAAUAUGAUGAUAAAGUCUUCUCUCAUUUGUCACUUGAAUUAGCAGACCGCAUAUUGUCAGCAGUGAAAGAAUUUGGGUACCACCGUUACAAGUUCAUUAUAAAAGUAUUAUUUAUUCAAAAGACCGGUCAGGCAAUAAACGUUGCCAGCAGAUGGAUCUGGGAUGUGGCAUGGGACAGCUGGGUUGCUGCGAAACAUGAAACGGAAACGUACGUGGCCUUGGCCCUGGUGUUUGCUCUUUAUUGUGAGUAGGGAGUGUUUACUCCUCAACUUUGCAGAGACACAGGACAUCUGUAGAUCUGUGAACCUCACAGUAGACGUUGAUUCCCUGCACUUUGGCCUCCAGUUGAAGCUUCAUUGUAUCAUUUUAACAGCAAACAAGUAAAAGCUGGAUUGUUUUUACCUUUAUAA